AUGAUUACACCCACGAUUUCCUCAACCAGUAAUUUACUCAGGCUGGGCCAACGACCCCCUGGGCCGGAAACAUAUCGUGGGCCGGCGGGUGGAAGCCCAAGCAGCCCAAUAGGCCCUGUUUGUAGGGCAGAAAGGUCCUCCUCCUCAUCUCCUCCGACAGCUGCCUGUUCGCCCUCGUGGGUCGACACUCCCGGCCCGGCCCUCCUCCUGCUCGAGCCCGACCCGAAACUCGAAUCCUUGGCGAUGACGUCAUCCCGACGGGGCCUUCCAAGCAGGCCCGGCCCCGCUGCCCGGCCCUCGGACGCGCUCCUGAACAGUAGCAGGUCCUUGAUCCUCCACCGCCGGUGCCAGAAGGAGGAGAAGCCGGUCGCCGGGCCUUUAUCGGGCUCGUGA